AUGCGCUGCGCGAACGGCCUUCAGCAGCAGCGGAUUUGCAAGCGGAAUAUGGGCCAUUUCGAGACGACGGACUACGUCGAUAUGGUGCGCUAUCUUUGCGGGCAGGACCCGUGCUUGGAUCCGGACCGCGUCGCGAUCUUCGGGUGGUCCUACGGCGGCUACGCCACGCUGCUCGCGAUGGCGCAGGCGCCGGAGGUCUUCCGCAUCGGCCUCGCGGGCGCCCCGGUGGGGGACUGGAGGCUGUACGAUACAGGGUAUACCGAGCGCUACCUCGGGCUGCUCCACGAGACGCCCACGGAGGGGGACCAAGGGGAACGCAGGAUCAGUGAGGCGUACCGGAAGAGCUGCAUCGCCCACUUCGCUAAGGGCUUUCCUGACGAACUAAACCGGGUGUAUAUUACUCACGGGUUGCUUGAUGAAAAUGUCCACUUCACCCAUACUUGUCAUAUCAUCAACGCCAUGAUCGAGGAGGGGAAGCCGUACAACGUCCUUGUGUACCCAGGUGAACGACACGGCUUGAGGAAGAGUAAAAAAUGUCGAUUACACCACGAAGCGAUUCUGAUUAAGACUAUUGCUAAAGCCUUGUUGAACUAA